UCCUCGCGCCCCGGGCGGGAAAGAGACACAGCAGUCGCCGCGGCGCGCGAGGGAAAGGGUCGGCAGGUAUCCGGGCAGUGACGUGGAGUCCGCUCCCCGCGAGCAAGCAAAACGGUGCGGUUGUCGUGUUUUUCGCGGGAGGGCAGGAGCGGGAAGGGAAACAUGGCCGCGCAGUCGGACGGCGGCAAAGCUGCGGGGUGCGGCGGGUUCGCCCAGCUGUACGAUGUCGACGCGGAGGAGCCGCUGGACUCCGCCGCCAUCCACAUCUGCCAGUGCUGCCGCUCCUCCGCCUGCUACUGGGGUUGCCGCUCAGCCUGCCUCGGCUCCCUGCUCGGCGGGGGCCAGCCCGUCGGAGGGAUCGGAGUCCGGGAGACCCACUGCCCUCCCCGCGAGCAGCUGUGGCUGGACUGCCUCUGGAUCAUCCUCGCCCUCCUCGUCUUCUUCUGGGACAUUGGCACAGACCUGUGCCUGGCUGUGGACUACUACCAGAGGCAGGACUACCUCUGGACUACACCGGCGGGGGGCUCGGGGAUGUGGAGGGGCUGACUAAGCGGGGCACGGUCACUCUGGGCUGCCUCUAUCCCGGCAAGGACCGCCUGCAGCUGGCCACCAUCUGGCUGUGGCAGGCCACCAUACACAUCCUCCAGCUGGGGCAGGUGUGGAGGUACAUCAGGACUCUGUAUCUCGGCCUGAUGUCUCGUCGGCAGAAGGAGCACCAGCGACGGUGGUACUGGGCCAUGAUGUUCGAGUACGCGGACGUCAACAUGCUGCGUCUGUUGGAGACGUUCCUGGAGUCUGCACCUCAGCUGGUGCUGCAGCUCUGCAUCAUGAUCCAGGAGAACCGAGCCGAGACCCUUCAGUGCAUAUCUUCACUGGCCUCCCUCCUGUCGCUUGCUUGGGUUCUGGCCUCUUACCACAAACUGCUGCGAGACUCUCGAGACGACCAACGCAGCAUGAGCUAUCGCGGUGCGCUACUCCACCUCUUCUGGCGCCUCCUGACCAUCUCGUCCCGGGUCCUCUCGCUCGCUCUCUUCGCCUCCCUUUUCCACAUUUACUUUGGCAUCUUCGUGGUGCUCCACUGGUGCGCCAUGGCCUUCUGGGUGGUUCAUGGAGGCACCGACUUCUGCAUGUCCAAGUGGGAGGAGGUUCUCUUCAACAUGGUGGUUGGCAUCGUCUACAUCUUCUGCUGGUUCAAUGUGAAGGAGGGUCGGACGCGUUACAGGAUGGUAGUGUACUACAUCAUAGUGUUGGCAGAGAACACCAUUCUCACAGGGUUAUGGUAUGCCUACCGGGAUCCAGUUUUGACCGACUCCUACGCUGUCCCAGCUCUGUGCGGCGUCUACUUUACGUUUAUUGGUGGCGUCUUGAUCAUGCUCCUGUACUACGGUUUCCUGCAUCCCGCCACUGCCCACCUCCAGCCGAGUCCGGCCUCCUCUUGUUGCGCCCAGCUGCUUUGGGGGCUCCCCCUACCCCCAUCUGCCCCGCCCACUGCCCCGCCCACCCCAGCCCACAUGGUCAAGUCACAGACGGACGAAGAUGUGGCUGAGACGUGUCUUCCCGUCUUCCAGGUGAGGUCCACUCCCACCACCUCCAAACCUGAGGGUCCGCUCAUAAAAAUCGACAUGCCCAGGAAGCGCUACCCGGCGUGGGACGCCCACUACGUCGACAGGCGCCUGCGUAGGACUAUUAACAUCCUGCAGUACAUAACGCCGGGCGCCGUGGGCAUCCGAUACCGCGACGGACCUUUGCUGUACGAACUGCUUCAGUACGAGUCCUCACUUUGACACCAACACACAUGUAUACUUUAGCACAUAAGCACCAUAAAAAAAUACGAUAUGUGAAUGUUCUUGAAGAUUUAUGAUCACACGUCAGACUUGAUGUGAGCACAAACAAUUUGUCUCGUCUUUGCGUAAGCACACGCACAAUCACAUGCGCAUUUCUACAACCCACGGCUUAGUGAGCUGCUUCACUGCCUUUCUUUCUGUCCUUUUCUUUGCUCCACCUCCUUUUAAAUCUCACAUACUUUUCUUUAUGUCGCAAAGAAAAAAAAGAAAUAAAAAAUGACAAGCAACACAAAUGUACAUCCACAUUUGAUCACGCCCUUUAUGUUGCCAUUGUUUACAAGUUUCAGAGGAAUAAAGGAACGUGACACAAGGAGUCACUUUCAAUAAUAAUAGGAGAUUGUGAAACCUAUUAGAAUAGUCAAAAAUCCGUAUGUAUAUAUAAUACAUGUACAGAAAGGGUGCUUCAAUUUUUGUGUUUCUGUUAGUUUUAGUAAAGAAAAAAGUUUUUUUGAAGAGUUUGAUGGAAAAAGUUAUCAGCAGACCAGGAAAGCAUGACAGGAAAGAUAGAGAAUUUCAUACGAAUUAAUCCAAAAAAACCCUUUGAUACAACUUUGUGGUCAUAAUGUCUAUUAUAAUAAAAUUAAGACAAUCCAACUUUAUUGGAAUAUUCUGGACUAAAUUGGAUUAUAAUAACGUGUGUAGCGCAUUAGACAAAAUCGGUUGUAAACUGAUGCAAGAUUAAAAAAGGUGAUAAUUUGAUUCAUAAUUUUUAAUAAUACAAAUUAUUUGUUUAAAUAUAUCUUGUUAAAACGUUCAAAAUGACAUAUAUUAUGUUUAAUAUGGUCCAAAAAUUUUACUGCUAAAAUUGCUACCUCGCUAACUGUUAAUUACCUUUCAUAUAAUACGAACCCUAGUUUCUAAAAUGCAUACGCUUUUUUAAAAUAUUUUUUUUGACAUGUAUACAAACAGGAAUGAUUAUAUUAUUACCAUAAACUGUUUAUCUCCAAAAUGCUGCACAUUUUUAUUUGUACUAAUACUUAGAAAAGGAGGAUCAUGCUACCAAAUACUUGCUAACGUGCAAAGGUAGCUAGUUCGCAAAAAAACUGAUGUACUAUAUUUAUAGGUAGUCGAUGCUCGCCUGUUACUAUCGUCCAAUGUAUGUCAAGAGUGACGCCAUAUUGUUAAGGGGAGUCAACAAUGACACGACUUAGCAAAUACAGUAAAAUGACAACUGCAUGCUAAAUUUUGAUCCAAUUAAAAAAAAAAAAAUCUAAUCAUCACAAAAAUAAAACCCGCACCAUGGUAUUAAUUUUUUUGUACAAGGUGCAACAGAUGAACGGCAACCUUCUAUAAAUAAAUAUAUUGGAAACAAUGCAUACUUAAUGAUUGGUUGGGAUUAUAUUCAAAUCUACACACAUACCAAGAUUUACACUGGAGUCUUUGUUUCAAGACGGUUCGGGUGGUUAUUCGACAUCAGUCUACGGCACGGGCGGGGCAAGGUCCGGGUGGGGGUGGGGCGGUGUAAAGCAGGUGGCCAAGCCCUUCUUUGCUAAACAGGAGCCAGUCACGACCCACCACUGCAGGGGAAUUGCACUCGAUAGUGGUGGGUGAGGCUGGGUUGGGUGUCCCACAAGUGAACCCCACCCAUUCCCUGGCACCCAAACGACCCCAGGCAGGCGGUCUUCUGUACGCCACAUAUCACUCUUCCCUCUUUGCUACUGAAGGAAUCCUGUUUUUUUUUUUUUUCCUCCACUUAGUAAUAUACUUCAAUUCAGCGAGUCGCCUCGUCUGAUCAGAGGUCGAACACACAUACAAAUACUAAGGUCAUCCUUCAAAAAACAAAAUAAGAUAGAUGGCAAUGCUAGAAAACAUGGAAAUAGUGCAAAGUCUCACGCUACUAUUGACUUUAAAUAGACUUGUGUUGAUAUUGCAAUCAACACUACAAGAUCAAUCUAAAAGGUCACCACUCUGAGAGUGAACUCACUCAGAUCUUCCUAAAAUGUAUUUUAAAAGUUCUUCUUAAUUAGCUGGAUGGAAUAAUUUACUUAAAAAAAAAAGUCACAUCCUUUUUUUGUCCAGCAUGUUGCCCUUUCCAAUAUGGCGUCCAACUUUGCAACUCGUAGCGCACCAUCUCUAUCCGAUAUUUCAUUGGCAAAAACAAUAGAAAAGAAAUAAGGCUAAGUAGCAAUUUAAGUAAAUUGUUUCCAUGUUAUUAAUUUUUAAAGUUGUUUGCACAAUAAGAUGGAGGACACAAAACGCUAACAAACAGAAAUAAGCUAGCAUAGCUUCGAUUUCUAAUUGAAAGUAUGCUAACAUCGACUUGUUAGCAUAACAAUUUGAGCUUCUACAUUAUUUGCUCUACAUUAUUUUCUUUGAAAAUAUUAUUUAUACGUUAAUCAAAAUUUGUGUAAAUUAUUUUUAAAACUGUUGUUUUCCAAAUCAUUAGCUAGAAGCUAGCUACAUUAGCUCAGAGGUAAAACGACCAAGCAAAAAGUUUUCCUUAAUGCUACUAAGAGACAUUUUUUGCUAAAGAAAAUCAAGCAACAUAAAUGCACAAAUAAAACUUUAUAAUUAAAAACCACAUAAAGAGUUACAGAAUAAACUGUGAGCUGACAUUUUAUUGGUUUAAGGCACUCUAAAGUUCUAGCUACUUUGACGUAAAAAUAUUUGUCGUAUUGAAAUGACACAUUGGUUCAAACUUAACUGAACAAUAUAUUAGUGAUUUAAUUUAGUUGUUGCCUCAAAACCCCCUCAAAACCCCUCAGAACAUGCUGUUUGGUGUGUUCUGUGCUCCAGUUCUCCAUCGUUUCCUGUAAUGCUUAUAGAGGAGGUUAAUGGCUGCCAUGUUAGCAAUUCCCAAUCCUAAUAAAGAUGUUUAGAGAUAAAAAAAAGAAAAAUCAAAUAUGUUGACCUGUAUCGUAAUCAUAUAAUGUCUUAAUGUGAUCUUUUGGUCAUGUUGGUCCAACACUAUCAGGCUGCUGCCAACGAAUAUGAAACAUUUGUGAAUUUUAAUCAUUACUACCGUCCAGAUGACUUGUGUUCUCUCCUCCAAAAGCCACCCACAGUGGAGCUGUGAUGUGUGGCUCAUUCUUUAUUUAUUUAUUUUUUCAGUUUGUUUAUCCCUCCAAUCCAAGCUGUUGCAUUGGCAGGCGACAACAAACGAGCCAAUACAUCAGUCACCGGCCGGCCUGUCAAUCGCUACCUUGCCACUCCAGCAUGACGAAACACGGGAAAAAAUAUGUGUAUGUAUGUAUAUAAAGGUGGUGGAUUAAGGUGUCCUGCUUUUCACACCUUUAGUCUAGUCGUGAAACCAAACCAUGAGUCAUCGCAUUUGGAGCGGUUAGAGACUAUGAGCACAAACAAACUCAAGCUUCUUUUUGUUGACCUCCAACCAGAAGAAGCUUGAGAAACAUGGAGCAUCACAUUGAAAUAUUUAAAAACUGAAGAUACUUUGACAUUUUUGAGUGUCUGAUAAAUGUAAAAGAGGAUUUCACACUUAAUUCCAAUUCAGGAAUUGGAAUUAACCUGCAAGUUCUACCCAUUUUUUUUUUUUUUUUAGAAUUUAUCGAGUCCAAACUCUGUCUAUUUUGGACAAUUGAUAAGGUCAACAGCUUAUUCGUAGGUAGCAUUAAGUAGAAUUAGCAGCUGUAGUUUUAUUUUGGAAAUCAAACUCGAUCCUUUUCAUAAAAAGUACAGCAAAACAACUGCUUCUGGAACAACUCACAAGUGCAACAUGUCAAAAACAAAUACUCUCUAUACGCAUUCUGCUUUCUAGCGUGAUGAGCCUAAGGAUAAAAACAAUAAAUAAAAGACAUUUAAGCGAGGUUGAGGCUCCAAAGAGGUACAAAAUAGUGUCUAUUCAUGUUUAAAGUUGCUAAAAAUGAAGGAUGCUGUUGAAACGAAGCCAUAAAUAGAGAGAAUUGUAUCUAAAUCCUUACAAACUUUAGUAAUAAUAUUGAAAAAAAAACUAAGAAAAACAUAAUUUUACUUGUAAAAAAAAAGUGCACAAUUCACUUCAUUCUGGACAUUUGAAUUAAACAAAACUGCAGCUAAUAAAAGACAAUUUAACUUAAAAAAAAGAAUAUGUAGUUUAACAGAUCAUUUUAUAAGGUCUUCUACAUUCCCAUUAGAAACUAUUGAUAAAACAUUUUUACCAAAAGGCAAAAUGUCCCAAAAAUGUCAAAGUAUCUUCCUAAGCUCAACCACAGGAGGCUUAAGCUUGCGUUUUUAUUUCCUGGUGCUAGCCAAGCAGCAAAACCGGACAAUUUAUUAGCUGCAAUGGGGCAGAUUGAUUUAGCUGUUGAGAAAAUACAACCCAAGCAGCUGAUUACAUGGUGCGACGCUCUAAAGCCACAGAGUCAAUUGGCUGCUAACCCCACUUUAUAUGGUGCAAACAUAAAAACACACACUUGUACUAAUGGUGCAAUAAGGGCAGGUUGUCUCUUUGAAUCCAGUGGUGCGACUUGAGCGCUCGCCUUUAGUUGACAACCGAGGCUUGUGCCAAAGGCUCCGUCCAAAAGGGACAACCGCUCUUCCUGUCCUGCAGAAGCUAUGCAAGUUUCCGACGCAGGGAGAUGUGCUUAACGUACACACACACUUACACACACACACACACACACACAGGGUUUUCCUCUACAGCAGGGAGAUGCAUGAGGCGCGCCGACACACAGUCCUAACAGUCCAGGGCGUUACCUCACACUCACAUGACGUCCAAUAAACCCUUACCCCUUUAUAAUUUGGGAACAAUUUUCACAUGGUGCUACUGAGUGGAACAGGAUGUUUUUUUAAUGUGUAGUUAGGAAAAAUUUAGCCAAAUAUGUUGUUUCACAUUCAAAUGGACGUAGAAAAACUGUUGUAGAGAGUGUGAGAAAAGCAGCAACGCCUUCCUUCUCCUACCUGAGGACAUAACUACGCCUUAUCAUCUCAGCAGACGUCACUCGAGUCCAUAAGGAGGAGGGUGGUGCUGCUGCUUUCUGGUUCUCCCCGAUCCAGACACUCGCCGCACAUCCGGCACGGAUCAGGGACAAACUCCAAUACGUGCCAUUCGGAGAACUCAGUCAGCCAUUUGUGUUGGUGUCAAAUCCCUUUGCAUGAAUGUUGCACACUUGGGGGUGCACACAUGAACGGAUUCUGCAGAGUUGUGUUGGGGGUUAUGUAGGGGGAGAUUUCUUGCGCUUCGAAGCAAACCCACAAGCUUUUAUCUAUAUUUUGCUCCAGACAAACGACCCUCCGUUGCACCCAGAACUCCAGCUAACGUCAGAUCAGGUUUAAAACAGUCAAAUCAGGUCAGACUCAACCAAAUAUUUGUUUAUUUUUUGUGUGCGUGUAUGGAAGUACUCAAAUGUAGUGUUGGGGUUCAACGUUCAGGUACCAUCUAAGAGUUUAUUUAGCAGUAAAAAAGAAAAAAAAAACAUAAAGUUUGCAGUUGAAUUUACCAACAGCAAACCACAAGCUUCUUUUUUCAACCAGGAAACCAGAGCCUUACCCUGAAUGCACUCGAGAUCAAAUCAACGGGAGGCUCUGUCUGUAUUGUAUGGCUACACAUCUACAGCUAUGCAAGGUUGUUCAAAAAGCAGGAUGGCUCUGUGCUUAGAAAAUGUACAAAAAAAAGACAAAACUGCUGUUCUCUUGUUUUUUUUUUUCCUUCAGUUGUAUUUAAAAGUGGUGUUUAAGUCCAGAAAAACAAAUGUGAAACUUUAUGCAUCUAUUUGUAGUGUUAUACUUUAUUAGUUGCCACAAAGAUUUAUUUGUCGGGAGGAUGGAAACUAUGUGACUUUUAUUUUGUGGAAUUCCACCUCCCGACAUAGGAAUGUGCAUCUGAUUACGAAAGUUUCUUGAGAUAAAGAAAAAAUGUUCCACUAUCAGGGUCUGUGGAGCAUAUGAGACCGUUGGGUGUGGGUGUGUGCGCGAGAAUGCCAGCUCUUGUGUUUCUAGCGGUUCGUACACUUUUGAUUUUUAACGCAAAAGAUGUUUGGUUGAGAGUCAUGGAAUUGUUGGCACUCAUCGAGGCGUUCCUGAUCUCAGACCAAUUACUACCAAACUGGAGUCCCUAGGAAAUCCUUUCUUUUCAAAAGAAAUUCGCAGAUUCAAUCGCUAACGUUACGGGGAGAGGAUUUAGCGGUUUGGACUCGGGUUUGGACACUAAAAGCACAGGGAAGGGUGAAAAACUAAACCUUAACUUGGAUGUACCGAUAGGAUGUACGUUUUAUUUAUUUUGUCCGAGUCUUCUGCUUGGGGGAGGGUGGGGGCAUUAGUUUUAGCAACGUUGAUGUGCAAUAGUAGCUUUUUAUUUUGUUGUGAUUGUUCCAUGGGUUUGAAGACUCUUUGAUAUGUAGGAAUCGUUCUUUAUAAAUAGCGCGAAUGUAACGACAAGAGAAGAAAAUACAGCUCCACUGAAAACUGUGGUUUUGUAGGAAUCUGUGCCGUCGUGUUGUCCUAAGUGUUAGCGCACUAAUAUUAGACUUUAUAGCUAAGGGGAAGUUUAUGGAGAUAAUUGGCCAGACAGCGUCAUUUUAUUUUUUUUUGUCUCUUUAAAAAACAAAUUAGGGCUGCACAAUAGAUCAGAAAUGGGUCAUCGCGAUUAUUCAAUUAUUAUUAUUAUUACACGUAAAAACUAAAGUGUAAACUAUCCUAUGCGAAUGGUAAGCUAGCACUCCUUUGGGGCUAACAUCUUGAGACUAUUUUACCCCUUUAAUGGAGCAGUAGUUCUUUGAAUAACCGUAACGCUUUAACCAAUAUCUUAAUUCCAACACGUUAAUUAACACAAUUAACCUACAUGGAAUUACAUUAUUUGCGUAAACUAUCAAAAGGUUGCUAAGGGGUUUAGAACCAGUUGGGUUGCAGACACUCCUUUUUUUUAUGGUGGUUUUGAAUCCAGUUUCCGCGAAUCGUUUCAUAAACUAGUCAAGACAAGAAAUGCUAAUUGUGUACAGUUUAUUACUAAACUCACACUGAAUUGGUAUUUGCACUGCAGUGACUUGGAGUCAAAUUUCAAAAUGAAAUUUUCAAAAUGGUCACAAAAAAAUGGUACAAAUUGACAAUAGUGUGAUUGAAAUUUUUAAUUCUCAUUCAUGACCUCAAGAACUAAACCAGUUGGGUUUCAGACAUUUUUACCAAAAAAAAGUUUGUUGCAGGAAUCUUUUCUCAAGUUAAAAUUCCCUAAACAAGGAUGACGUUUGAAGAUAUUCUGAGUAAUUUCCAGAAUUGAUUUGAUUCGAUUCACCAGAGCCUUGAUUGAUUCAAUUCCAAUGUUUUUUUUAGUCUUUCGACCCUCUCAAUUCAAUUCAUUUUUGAGUUUACACAGUUUACACAUUUAGAAACAUUUGUUCAGAAAUACAUUUAUAAUCUAUAUAUAUGUUUUAAAGAUUUUCGUACUAAUCAGAUACAGUUCACAUUCUGUGAAAUGUAUUGGUGAAAUUAUGAGAUUGUAAUAGCAUACAGUGUUACAUGGAUUCUCAAAUGGAGAAACUAACAAUUGUUCUGCUUCUCCUGGAGGGCGUUUCAGUUUGGCCACUAGGUGGCAAAGGCGCUAUAGCAUUACACCUUAUUCGAGAAGAAGAAGAAAGUAUGAGGAAAAACAGUGCUGUCCUAUGGGAAGUCAAUUAAUUCAGAUCGAUUAAUCGACUUUAUCAACCCAGCCUCAAUUUUGAGGCCUUUUCAAAGCUUUUUUACUUGCGUGAUUCUUUCACUUACUCGUGAUUUGUGUUCAAAAGCAGAGAAAAAUCAUACAUUUACAAAAAAAACUCACUAUGCGUUGCAAUUCUCAGUGACAUAUGCAGUCCAAACUUUACUUUCUAAUUUAUGGAAGUGCAUUAAACAAACUCAAGAAAUUGUAUAUUUGUGUAAUUUGACUAAACACGCCAAUAUUUUUACUGUAACUGUAGUUUUAUUUAGACAAUAAAUGUCUUAAUUGUAAAAAAAUAUUAUUUUAAAUGUCUUAAAAAUAAGUUCCCAUUCAAUCCUGCAAGAUUAGAAUAUUUUUACAUCUAUUUGGGAGAAAUUUCAUGAAAUAAACUGACAGCUGGUAGUUGGAAAACCUCAAAUCCUGUUGAUUUCAAACAGUAUAACAUCUAAAAUACGUAAUGAUUUAUUAGAAAAAUUGACAAACUAUCAGCGUUCUGCAUUGAUUAUUACAUUAUGAACAAAUAUAGAGUAUAAUGUCAAGACAGCAAGUUUGUAGACUAUUAUUUCUGAAUAUUGUGCAGCCCUAUGCAUUCAGGAAUUUUUCUAUCCUUCGUUUUCCUGCAUGUCGUUGGGGAUGCGGGUUUCUGUACUUAACACCAAAUAACUGACCAAUCAGAGAGCAGACGGAAGAGCGCAGACAGAGGUUGUGUUGUGCAUCUCCAGUUAGUCCGAUUGUUGUGUCUAGGGUUAGUUUUAGGGCAGAGUUUGGCGUUUUCCGGGAAAAAGUUGCGUAUUUUUGAUGGCCGUUGUUCGUCAUCAUUAGAAAAUGUGUUAUUUUUCUUACAAUACUUCCUGAAAAUUAAAAAAAAAAA